CAGCUCACAGCCGGUCCUGCUGCGCUCUGGAGUCAGUGGUCCUCUUGUUACACUGGCCAGUAGGAGACUGUUGCACUUACGUGUUGCUGCUCUUUGUAUGUGUUUGGCACAGGUCCCAGGAGAGAUUGCCCACGCUCACCAUUCCAAACCAGACCCAGCACGGUAAGCCAAAGGGAGAGGAGUUACCUUCAGUAAGAUAAAGGAGAGGUGGCCCAAGGAGAAACGUUAAUGUCACCAAACUGACUUUAUCUUGUAUCCUAGGCAACAAGUGGGAUGGCCAGGCUGAAAAACCAUUGCCUUCUCUAGUGGAAGAGACGGUGCUGUGUGCCAGGAGCCCUGGGGCCACCUGGCUGUGGUGUUGUGGGUGUUCCCAGCUCCUGGGCGAGGCGUCCUUGGUGGUGCUGUGGGUCAGCAGAGGGCAGUCCUGCUUGGCAAGAGCUGAGAGCCUGGAGGUGAACAUGGCUGUGCAUGCUAGUGCAAGGCCGAGGGUGUCCUGCAGCUGGGGCUUGUUGCUGAGACAGUCCUGUUGUGGUGGAUUUGGCAUCUUCAGUGUAACAUAUGGUGUAUUUUCCAGGAUCCCUUCAUGAAUGUCCUGGCUGCCAGCAGGGUUUAAAGUGGGAGGCAACUCAUGACCACUAAACUGUGACAGUUUUGGAUUCUCCUGCUUCUGGCUACUUGGAAUAACAUUGGGCUGCUGUGGAGAUGAAUGGAGAACAGCGGCAUGAUGCAGAUGCUGGUUCUGGUGUGGAAGACAUGGAAUUCAGUUGGGAUGAGUAUCUAGAAGACACAGGAGCGGUUGCAGCCCCUCAUGGGUCUUUUAAACAUGUGGACACAAGUUUGCAGAAUGGUUUUGCACCUGGUAUGAAGCUGGAGGUUGCUGUCAAGUCUGACCAAAACACCUACUGGGUGGCCACCAUCAUUACUACCUGCGGGCAGCUGCUCCUGUUGCGCUACGAUGGUUACGGGGAGGAUCGCAAGGCUGACUUCUGGUGUGACAUCAUGACAGCUGAUUUGCACCCCAUCGGCUGGUGUGAGCAGAACGAGAAGGUUCUCAAAGUGCCUGAAGGUAUCAAAGACAAGAUACCUGACCAGGAGGAAUUCCUUCAGCAAGUGCUGAAAGGAGCAUGCAGUGCCCCUGCUAACCUGCUGGAGGGGCUUCACAGAGGGAAAAAUCCAUUGGAUCUCAUUGCACCAGGCUCCCGACUGGAGCUCCAGAACUCCCGGGAUGCCCUGGAGGCCUGGAUUGUCACUGUGGUAGAAAAUGUUGGUGGGAGACUCAAGUUGCGAUACGAAGGGCUGGAGGAUUCUGACAAGUUUGACCAGUGGGUCUUCUACUUGGAUCCUUUCCUUCAUCAAGUGGGAUGGGCGAACCAGAAUGGAUAUAACCUGCAACCGCCUUUAGCCAUUAGGUCUUUGAAAAGUGAAGCAGAUUGGCAAGAAAUCCUGAAGAAGGUAAAAGAGGAGGAAGAAGAGUCAUCAGUUCCUACAGAUCUCUUUAAGGAUAAACCUGUGAUUGGAGUGCAUUCAUUCUCUGAAGGCAUGAAGUUAGAAGCUGUGGACCCAUCGGCUCCCUUUGUAAUCUCUCCUGCCACAGUUCUCAAGGUGUACAAUGAGAAAUAUUUCAUGAUAGAAAUUGAUGACUUGAGGCCAGAGCGUGCAACCAGCCAGUCUUACAUUUGCCAUGUCAACAGUGCUGGGAUUUUUCCGGUGCAGUGGAGUCUGAAGAACGGCGUGCAUCUCAGUGCCCCGCCAGGUUAUCCUGGGCAGGACUUUGAUUGGGCAGACUACCUCAAACAAUGUGGUGCUGAGGCAGCUCCCCAGGGCUGCUUCCCUUCGUUAACUUCUGACCAUGGAUUUAAGGAGAAUAUGAAACUUGAGGCUGUGAACCCAGUUGAUCCAGAGGAAGUUUGCAUUGCUACAGUCACCAAGUUGAGAGAUUCCUACCUCUGGCUUCAGCUGGAGGGCUCCAAGAAGCCCAUCCCUGACUGCAUAGUGAGUGUGGAAUCGAUGAAUAUAUUUCCAGUGGGCUGGUGUGAGACGAAUGGAUAUCAGCUCAGACCUCCUUGCAAAGCAAUAGUAAAUAAACAGAAAAAGAUUGCAGUAGUUCAACCAGAGAAGCAAAUUUUGUCUUCAAGGACAGUUCAUGAUGGACUAAAGAACCAGGAACUGAACUCCUCAGAUUCAGUGGUAAUUAAUGGAAAGUAUUGCUGCCCAAAGAUCUACUUCAACCACCGGUGCUUCUCAGGGCCUUACCUUAACAAGGGCAGGAUUGCAGAGCUUCCUCAGUCUGUGGGACCUGGGAACUGUGUUCUCGUUCUGAAAGAGGUUCUCACUUUAUUGAUCAAUGCAGCGUACAAACCCAGCCGUGUCCUGCGAGAGCUGCAGUUGGAUGAAGAAGCUGCAUGGCAUGGGCAUGGAGAGACCCUAAAAGCCAAGUACAAAGGGAAGAGCUACCGUGCAACUGUGGAAGUUGUGAGGACAGCAGAUCGAGUGGCAGAUUUCUGCAGGAAAACAUGCAUCAAGCUGGAAUGUUGUCCGAACCUUUUUGGCCCUCAGAUGGUGCUGGAUAAGUGUUCAGAGAACUGCUCUGUCCUGACAAAGACUAAAUACACACACUAUUAUGGAAAGCGGAAAAACAAGCGGAUAGGUAGGCCUCCGGGUGGCCACAGUAACUUGGAAGUAGCCAUGAAGAAACCAAAUAAAAGACGGAAGAAACGAAAACAUUUUUUUGUUCAUAAGAAAAAACGUUCUUCUACUUCAGUGGAUAACACUCCAGCUGGAUCUCCCCAGGGCAGUGGAGGAGAAGAGGAGGAUGACCAGGAUGAGGUAGAUGAAGAAUCUCUGAGUGAGGAUAGUACAUCCGAGCAGCAAGAUGAACUGCUUGAGGAAUCAGAGGUAUCAGAGAAAAAAUCACUGUCAUCCUCUCCUACACAGAGUGAGCUGUCUCAUUCUCUGACUCAGGACCAAGACAAGAGGAAGAGGAAGCUUAGGACCUUUUCUUUUUCCGAUGAUGAAAAUAAGCCUCCUUCGCCCAAGGAAAUAAAGAUUGAAGUUGCCGAAAAGCUGCAGCUGGACAGCAACCCUCUGGAAUGGAGCGUGGCUGACGUCGUGCGAUUCCUCAAAUCCACUGACUGUGCACCGCUGGCAAGAAUUUUCCUCGACCAGGAAAUUGACGGCCAGGCACUGCUGCUGCUGACCCUGCCGACCGUUCAGGAGUGUAUGGACUUGAAACUUGGGCCAGCUAUUAAACUUUGCCAUCACAUUGAAAGGGUUAAACUUGCUUUUUACCAGCAGUUCGCUAACUGAGAAGCAGUCAAGUUGAAGCAGACCUUUGAAGCACAACCAUGCUCCUUUCUCUCUAUCAAGGAAAGCCAAAUAAAGCUGAACUGGCAACCCAGGAGCAUGAGUCAACCUCCAUUUUUCACUUUGGAGAAAAGACAACAUCUGGAGGAAAAUGCCAGUGCAAAAACAGGGGCUACUCUACCAGCUGCCAGCUUGGGAACACAAUAGUCUCUUACUCUAUGGUUCCCUUUUUUUAAUGUAUUUUUUAAUGGUUACAGAAAAGUCUCCUCUGGUGGGAAGUGACAUUUCAAUAGUUCUGUUGGCACAGAACUUUAAAAGGAGAAACGAAUCCUGUUUACGUUCGCAUGCAGGCUGCCAGAAAUAACCUUUCUAUAUUCCUGGUGAUUCGCAGAAUCUCCAUCCCUCCCCAUGGACGGACACUUGCUUUACCACAGCACUGGCUUUGGAAUGUGCUUGGUGCACAUUCGUUUGUUAAUGUGGAGUAUUUUGAUGAAUUUGUUCGUUGUUAGGACAGCGAUGUGACCACAAGGUUCUGAAUGUACAGUAUAGCAAGAGUGAGAUUUGUUUCUUGUUUUGUUUAGGGUUUUUUUUUGUCUCUGUUCUUGGGUUUUUGUUUUGUCUUUGUUUUGAUUUUACUACCUCUGUGGCCUGAACAGUAGAAAUGAUGAGCUAGAAAGGGAGGGAACUACUUGUGGAUAACCCAUAGGUAGCUGCACAGCAGUCUCUCUUCUGUAGGCAUGUCAGAAAUACAAAGCAGUAUAAGCAUACAGAGCUUCUGUUCCAGAGCUUAAAUGGAAACCUGUGCAGGCUGAACUUGGGUGUUACUUAAUUCUGAGGUGUCAGAAAAUAAUUAUUUUGCACUUCUCUUACAGAUGGACUGUGGUGGGGGUGGGGGGGAAGGGGUGGAAAGGAAGGAAAGAGAAAGUGCCUCUGCAUUUUCUUUUAUUCUGGUUUUCAGAUAAAAGAUAUUUUCUUUAUUUUGCCCUUCACAAUUCUGUGAAGUUGUUUCCCUUUUCUUAAGGAAUUGGGCCCUGUACACAGAGCCUGUCAGCAGCUUUUUGCUUUGUUACCUGUGCAUCCUCUUGGAGAACACACUAAGAGAACUGCGAUCAGUGAGGACUGCAGCAUAGCUCUGUGCCAGUGUUUGCAUACUGGAAACUAUCUUAAAGCAUGACUUUGUAUUUUUACCUACUUACAGCUACUCAGGAGCACACUUGACAACAAUGUGGGGGUUUGGGAAGGGCUUUUUGAUCUUUUUCUAGAGAAAAGAAAAAGGACCUGAGGGGCAUCUAUUUGUAGACCCACAGUAGGAUGAACUGCUGAUUUUAAUUUUAGGCAUUAAACACACUCAGCCACUUGCUGUGGACCUGUGCUUCACGCCUAAACUAAGAGGGCUUAACUUACUUUCCAUUGAAGAUGUGAGGAAUUUGCAUCAGGCUUGAGAUCUGCUUCACAUAAGGAUUAGGUUUCCAGUGCUUUGCAUUCAUUUUCUUUGCCUGUUCUCAGCAGUAUGUGGAGGAGCAUGGGCAGGAGCUUCGUGAAGUCGGGAGCAUGCAGCCCUGAUCCUUUCUCCUGUUCAUUUACCUUUUCAAAUACAGACCCUGGCAUACUAAGACAGUCGAGGCAGGAAGGUGCUUACUGCAGGGUCUUUAGGUUCUGUGCUAGCUUCUGUGUGGUUACUCUGAUCAGUGGAUGAAUUCAAGCUUCUCUAGGGCCCAAAAUGAUAGGUUAUUCUGGUGCUGGGAGCUGUAGAUUCAUUGAAGAGGUCAUCAGUCAUCUGUAAACGAAGAGCUGUAAACGAGGAGCUGAGUUUGCACAGUCUGUAUCCACCACACACGUUGAGGGGAUUGACGACCAAUGAAAACUGUUUUGAGUAAGCAAAACUGCAUGACUGAUUCUGAUUUCUUUUGCUGUGAGCCCCUUAGAAUAACUACCUCACUGAGGCAGAACUACUUACAGAAGUGCUACAAUCAGAAUUUUUUUUCCAUGCAACAAGCUAAAUUGAAAACAAAAUGUCCCUUUUUCUUCCCUGCACCAAGUGUGUGGGCAAUGAAAGGAUGCUUUGGCUCUUUUUGUGAUCCUCCUUGCCCCAUUCCCUUAGUGUAAGCUCAGUAAGAACUAAUUACACCGGACAAGUUUUUUGAAAGAAACCUUGUUGCUUUGCUGUCAGCAUCUUGUCUUGAGAAAUUUGACCAGCAGAGAGAACUUCUGGGCUGAAAGAUGAUGCUUUUGUCAUUCUUCAGGGAUUCCAGAACUCUCCUGUGUUGUUAAAGAAGCUGGUACCCAGCAGGUUUACUUGCAUAGCCAAGAGAUGUUACUCCCAGAUAGAUGUCCUUCAGAGCAGCUGUCAGGAGAGAACAGAGCUUAAAGGAUAACUUAGUGAGCCUGUUCACGUGGCACCGAGGGUAUAAAUACAAAAGUCAUACUUCUUUUAUUCAGCAGAUAGCAGUCAGUUUCAGAGGAUAGGGAGAGACUUACUGGUCACCUUUGGCAUGUUUUAUAGGCUGGAUUUUUCUGCCUUGUUUUGGGAGGCACUGACAGUCUGGUCCCAAUGGGAUCUGUUUUUGUUGUGAUUUUCAAAAGGGAUGUUUUCAUUAUUUGUGAAAUGUUUUUAUGCUGCACACGGGUACUGUACACUCUGUUUCCUGGAAGAAGGUGCACUCUUUUACUGCUGGAUUUUAAAGGGAUACCUGGGGCAUCUUGAUGGAUGGUGUUUCUACACAACCGUUUCAAGUUUUUUCUCUCUCUCUCUCUGUGGCAGACAAUACAACUGCCCUUAUAUUUGUUCCUCUUGCAGCAAUAUGACUUCAAUCAGCUCACAUUCUGCUGUUUUUCUUCAAAACUGAGUUUUUGGGUAGCUCGAUGCCUGAAUCCUUGGCUUCAGGAUUAUAUCUGUGUUUUACCAGCAGAAAUUGCUGGGACUUCAGUAAUUCAGAUUGGCUUCAGAGGUUUGUGCUGUCCUCUACCAUUUCCAUUCAUCACAAAACAUGACGAAGCUGAAGUCCAGGAGGGAAGCGGCGGUACCUCGCAGAUGGCUUCAUUACAAGAAGAGGAGCCCUCUGCUGGGCCUCGUGUACUGUUUAUAUAGAUGGUAAACGGAGAUGCUGCUUAACUGACCCACUGACGGCUUAUACUCUUGUCUGUCUGAUUUUUGUAUGCAUUGUCCAGCCUUGGUUUGCACAUCAUAGCUUUAGAAACCUGAUGGUGCCUCUGCGUCACACUCGUACUGUGCUAAGCUUAGCUUCACUGGCAGCAACAUUUUGCUGUUGUGUUUCUGCAGUGUGCAGAAUCAGCACAAGGAACCCAUAAGAGAAAUAUCUGACCUCUAAAAAUGUCAUGCAAGGUUAAUGUGGUAGAAUGAUCCCCAAAGGCGUGAGCAGCUUGCUGUUCACCUUAUGCUGAAAGUGACCCUUCCAGAAGAGGGGAGGUGCAGCACCAAGCCCUUCUGCAAGUUGCUCUUUGAGAAAGGCAGAAGGAAAAGGAAAUUCAUUGUGUUGUGUGGAACACCGGGGAUGUCUGAAGUUUCUCCUGGGACUGAGUACAGAGUUCAGAGUGCUUAGGAUUACUUUUUCCUUCACAACUUUCAGCAUUAUUUUGUUGUUGCUUUAAACUUUGCUAGGGUUUAUUCUUGAUUCUAACGAUGCUUUAAAGGAGGAAGGAAGUAUUUAGCUGCUAAGUCCACAGAAGUAUAAAUGCAUUUACAGUAGAUUGGACUGAGCACUCCAUUCUUCUGUUUGGAGUACAAAAAUGUGGCAAAAGGAGAGGUGGCUCGGGAGAUUUUUGAAUGUAACUGAAUAGGCUUCAGAACUGUCAAACUCAGAUUGCAGACUGAAUACUUUUGAACCAAACUUGUUGCUAGAGAAGAGGUUCUCAGAUGAAGUAGCCUCACCAGAAAGCCAAAAAUAUGAUGAUCCUAUAUAAAGCUACUCCUUAACCAGACCUGUCAGUGGUUACUGCCUACUGAGAGCUCAAAUUGUUGAACAACAAGCAAGCACAAAGACAGGCUCUGUCAGGAGGCUUCACACGUUGGCUGAAGGCUCCAUUUUAAAGGGAUUGUGUGCUGAACCACCUUUCAGGAUGCUGCUGAACUUGCCCAUGCAUGCAUGUAGCCUUGUUUUCAAAGGCAGCCUUAUGGGUGAAGGACUGGAAGGGGACUUGAGAACAUCUGGUGCAGCAAGCCUCUCUACUGUUAUGGGCGUGUUUGGUUUUUUUAAAUGAUGACAAGAAUCCGUAUGAAAUCUAGUGAAAACAACUCACGUUUAGUGGCACUUUGUCCCCAUGGUCAUUUCUCGCUUCUUCAGAGUUGCAUCUCUUGUCCUGAAAUGCACCGGACAAUAAAGAUGGAUUUUUUGAUGGGAAGACAAAGUUCCCAUUAGGUGCAAAGCCAGCGGUGUCUGGCUCAGCUUUAAGCCAUGGGAGCGAGCAGGUCUUGCACUGACAAAACUCAUCCUGACGGCACAGCGGCGGGCGCGCAGCCUGCACAAGUCCUCCAGCAUCGCACAGUUGAAGAGGAACAGCCUGCUGCUCCGGUCACGCUCAACGUGUGUGAAUGAACAAUGAAUUCCGGGCACAAACGUUUCUUGCCCACUCCCCAAAAGUUGUUGAACACCAGUUUCCAAGAAACCUUGUGGAAAAAUAAUUUUUUCUGGAGGCUUCACGUUUCUCCACACCUGUUUGAUUCCUUUUAUUAUUAUUAUUUCUGUUUAAAAUAAAUUAAAAAAUAAUCUUUGUAGACAAUCAGAGGCCUUUGGGGAGACUUGGCCCUAAGGGGAACCUGCUCUCCACACCUGGGCCUGUUUCUUAUACUAACUCAUCGGAACUGAUGCACUUUUCCUGUAUUUCGCCUUUUUUAAUUAGCUGCUUAUUCUUAAACAAAGAUUUAAAUGCGUAUUGUGUCGUGUCCCUUCUGCUUCUUGUUUUAUCCUUAACUUUUAAAUAUAUAUAAAUAUAUAUAUAUAUAUAUAUGCAGUGAGACUGAAAUACUAAAUGGAAGAGAAACAGGAACAAGAAGAUGCGCGUAUGAAGUCCCACCAUUGUCGGAGCAGGUGUAACAAUUUAAUCAGAGGCUUUUUUAAAAAAUAUUUUGGAUGGCUAUUUUGCUUGUUUUGUCUGUAAAUAAUGUACAUAGGUUUGUGGUAUAUGACGGUUUU